AUGGAUUGCUUUGACGGAUCCCAUGGGCAGUUCAGGAACUUCAAGAAGGACGACUUUGAGGCUAACUGGAUUAAGGUGGCAGAAUGCAGAUUUGGUCAGUUGUACCAGGUCAAGCUCAAACUCUGGCGGGAAAAGUGUGCCCUGAAAAGCUUUGACACAACUUUGUGUGCAAACAACUUUUACAGGAGAGUAAUAGACGAGGCGUCCAACAUAGCCAAAGUGAAAUUCAAGUACAUUAUGUCCAUCUACGGACUGUGCAGAGAAGCGACUGCUGUGGUGAUGGAGUACAUGAGUAAUGGAUCGCUGAACAAUCUCCUAGCCAGUCACACUUUGAUGUGGCCUAAGAAGUUCCAGAUGAUUCAUGAGUCCUCCAUGGGCAUGAAUUUCCUCCACAGUAUGAAACCUCCACUACUUCAUCUUAACCUUAAGACGUCCAACAUCUUACUAGAUGAUCAUCUCCAUGUCAAGAUCUCAGAUUUUGGUUUAAUCCACUGGGAAGAGGGCAUGAGCAAGAAGUUGUUCAUGGAGCAUCUGACAGCAAGAGGGAACAUAAGUUACAUUCCUCCAGAGACUUUCACUCAGUGCCGUGAUCCUCCAGGAACUACCUUUGAUGUUUACAGCUUUGGAAUUGUGAUGUGGGAGAUUCUGACACAGCAGAAACCGUAUGCAGGGUGCAGUGUGACCACAGUGCUCUUACAGGUAUCACACGGUAAGAGACCCUGUGUGGAGAUGAUACCCGAACAGAGGCCCCACGAGUGUGGUCAGAUGAUCAGCAUCAUGCAGCAGAGCUGGGACCAGGACCACAGGAAGAGGCCACCCUUCUCAGACACUGUGAAGAAAACCGAGCCUCUGAGUGAAGUCCUGAAGGUCCCAGGACCAAUCAACUAUCACAAAAAUGGUAACAAGGGUCGGACAUCAGAUUUUUCUUGGCUGGUUCCCCCGAUACAUAAAAUUGCUUUGCCUGAGAUGCCUGACCUUCCCUCAGAUGACCAACACGCCACUGAUGGCAUUCUUUCUCUGCUGUACAAAAAAGACUUUGGUAGUUUCAGACAGUCUGUGAAAAGAGAACAUGUGAAGACACAGUUUUCAGGAAAAAAGAGCCUUCUUCACUAUACGGUAGCCAGUGGGGAUGCAGAGAGCGUGGAGCGGGUCCUUAGUCUGGGUGCUGAAAUCAACUGUACAACUGGCAGAGGUUACACUCCUCUCAUUAUUGCUGUUCUGCACAGGCUUCAUGACAUCAUCUCUCUGUUGCUGGAACGUGGUGCAGCUGCCACCCAGGGAGAUGAAGACCAGUGGACAGCGCUACAUUUUGCUGCUCAGAAUGGCGACGACAGAACUGUAAGUCUUCUUUUGGACAAAGGUGCUGUGGUGGAUGCCCGGGAAAAAGCUGGUUGGAUGCCCCUCCAUCUGGCCAGCCAGAAUGGGCAUGAGACAGUGGUGCGCCUGCUGCUUUCACGGCAGUCAGAGGAAGCAGUUGGAGAACGGGAGGAGGCACAAGGGAGAACGCCUCUGCACCUAGCCUCCACCUACGGUCAUCUGAAUAUUGCCAAGCUCCUCCUCUCUCAGGGAGCAGAUCCCAGUGCUACAGACUGCUCUCUCUCCACUGCUCUUCACUUAUCAGCUGAGGAAGGCCAUAACAGAGUGGUGAGACAGCUGGUGAAGAGUGGGGCGAAUACUGACAGUGCAGACAGCAGAGGAUACACUCCACUUCACCUGGCUGCUCUGAAGGGUCAUACAGGCAUAUGCAGGCAGCUGUUGUCGAAUGGGGCUAGCCCAGACUCCAGGACACUCCAAGGCUGGACGCCCAUGCAUCUGGCUGCCCUGAGGGGUCACGAAGCCACAGUGGUCCAGCUGGAGAGUCAGGGCGGUUCUGUGAACGCUACAGGUGAGAAUGGAUGGACCCCGCUCCACCUCGCCUGCCACCAGAGCGAGCUGGAAGUGGUGGCAAAGCUCUUGGCAGCCAAAGCCGACCCAAACGUGACAGAGGAAGGGGAAGGAUGGACGCCGCUACAUGUAGCCUGUACCAGUGUCAGUUUUCCAAGUGUCCUCCACUUGAUAUCACAUCAUGCGGAUGUCAAUGCAGUAAACUCAGGAAAGAUGACUCCUUUACACCUGGCUGCCCAGCAUGGCUGUGUGCCAAUUGUAAAGGCUCUACUGUUGAAUGGAGCAGACAGGACACUGCUGGACUCCUCGGGAUCCACAGCUCUGACUGUGGCCCGAAGAUGUGAAAAAUGGGAAAUAGUGCAACUACUGGAAAAGGGAUGUUAA